AUUUCAGGUUUGAUCUAAUGUGCGUAUUUUUUUCAAAUGAUCUAAAGUCUGAUCACCGGAUAUCAUGGAGUCUGGCAAGAUGGCUUCUCCCAAGAGCAUGCCGAAAGAUGCACAGAUGAUGGCACAAAUCCUGAAGGAUAUGGGGAUUACAGAAUAUGAGCCAAGAGUUAUAAAUCAGAUGUUGGAGUUUGCCUUCCGAUAUGUGACCACAAUUCUAGAUGAUGCAAAAAUUUACUCAAGCCAUGCUAAGAAAGCUACUGUUGAUGCAGAUGAUGUGCGAUUGGCAAUACAGUGUCGUGCUGACCAGUCUUUUACCUCUCCUCCCCCAAGAGAUUUUUUAUUAGAUAUUGCAAGGCAAAGAAAUCAAACCCCUUUGCCAUUGAUCAAGCCAUAUUCAGGCCCUAGGUUGCCACCUGAUAGAUACUGCUUGACUGCUCCGAACUAUAGACUUAAGUCUUUACAAAAAAAGGCAUCUACUUCUGCGGGAAGAAUAACAGUUCCGCGGUUAAGUGUUGGUUCAGUUACUAGCCGACCAAGUACUCCCACCCUUGGCACAGCAACCCCACAAACCAUGUCUGUGACCACUAAAGUAGGGGGUCCCAUGUCCCUCACAGGGCAAAGGUUUACAGUGCAGAUGCCCACUACCCAGUCCCCAGCUGUAAAGGCAUCAAUCCCUGCAGCAUCAGCAGUUCAGAAUGUUUUGAUUAAUCCAUCAUUAAUUGGGUCCAAAAACAUUCUUAUCACCACUAAUAUGGUGUCAUCACAAAAUACUACCAAUGAAUCGUCAAAUGCAUUGAAAAGAAAACGUGAAGAUGAUGACGAUGACGAUGAUGAUGAUGACGAUGACUAUGAUAAUUUGUAAUCUAGCCUUGGUGCUUGUAACAUGUAUACUUGGUGUUGAAUCAUUGUACUGAGAUUAAAUAUGCAUGCUGGAUGUUCUCAAGUUGUGUUUUAGAAAUUUUAAUACUUAAUCAGUAUAGUUACCAUACUUCAAUUGAGAUGUUGCAUUUUCUUUAAUAGGAUUAGUAAUUGUUUUUCAUCAGCCUUUUCAGUGUAAAAAAUAAAGUCAUUCAUCAAUAAGA